AGUCAAGAUAUCUGUUAUGUUUGAAUUGCCCGCCACACCGGUCGAACCGUUUUAAGCAAUGUCGUCUGAAUAAAUCUCUCUUGGUUCGUCAUCUCUACAUUCGUUUGUCUCAUCUUUUUUUUUGUCUUCCCGUUUCGAGUCCACCAAAUAUAUCAUUGGCGACGAGGAUUAAAAAAUCGUUUUACUUAUUGUCAACCAACCGCGCCGCGCCGGUCACCUUUACUCAAAGCACUUGUAGAAACCGAAAUAACCGUGUCAAGCGAAGCCAACCUAGUGAACCGCGUGGCCGUGGCUACCGUGCAACCCGUCAAAGUCAAAAACCUUAUCCUUAGGUACGAAAAAUGAACGAUCGAAAUCACGAGCUACCCAACCGGACGCUUCCUGCAACCACAGCAACGUAUGUGGGAACCCUGAAACCCUUUGAAGCCAAAGUCUCCCGGUCAACAUGGCUAGAAAUGCUUGAGAACUUCUGCGACCUCAAUGAAAUCACCGAGGCAUCCAGCAAACGCAAGGUACUUCUGAACUACCUAUCCUUUGACGUUUACUCAGAACUAAGAACUCAAUUGUUGCCUGAGAAACCAUCAAGCAAAUCAUUUGACCAACUUGUCAUACUCCUCCAAGAAACCUACGAACCAAACAAGAUCCUUUUUUCCGAUAUUCUAAAGUUUGAAUCUAGAGUUCAAGCAGAGGGGGAAACUGCUGCAGUGUAUCUAACCUCUCUUAGACUUCUUGCAGACAAAUGCAACUUUGGAGACAACCUCAAGAACAGGCUCCUAGUCAAAUUUGUAAAUGGGCUCAACUCCGUCAACCUCAAGAAAAAGUUGUGGGAGAAAAGCGACUUAACCCUGGAGGAUGCCAUCAAGUUUGUUCGCAACUUCGAGACAAUUGCCAGCGAACUUAAACCCGCCUCAGUCAACAAAGUCAAUAACCAAGUCAACCGCAGAACUAAUAACAAGUCUAACUCAUUUCGACCCGUUAAUCGUUCAUUUAAUCAAAGCUCACCACCUCAACCUCAAUCUAGCAACCAAUUUCCAGCCACGAACUCAAAUCAGCGCACCAACUAUCGUCAAUCAAACAAUCAACGGAAUUUCAACGCACGUCAACCAAACAACGGUCAACAAUCACGUCAACAACCCAACCGCAGAGUCAACCCGCAAACUACCACUCAAUGUUAUAGAUGUACAAGACUGCACAAUCCUAAUUACUGCCCUGCCCGGUAUUGGAAAUGCUUCAAUUGUGGAAUCCAAGGUCACACGUCCACCGCCUGCAACCAAGCCAAAGCAGUGUUGGAAGAAUCCACCGAUGAGGAAAUCGAAGAAAUCAUCGUGGGAAGGAUAUCCAAUGCUCACCUACCAAUCACCAAGUCAACAAGCGACCUCCAAGUCCGCAACAUUCCCUCCGCGCAAUUAACCUUAGCACCGACUUCUUCUAAGUCACAAUCUAACCUCUAUGUGUACCGUGUAACCAACAACCCAUUACUGGGAAAUAUAGUUAUAAAUGAUAAAAGUGUUGAGUGCGAAUUCGACUCGGGAUCAGCAGUGUCACUAAUGUCUCUCAGUGAAUUUUCUGACAAAUUCCCAGAUUCUAAAGUAGAAAAGUGCACAUCUCGCUUAUGGAAUGUUGACGGACAGCCCUUAAACACUAUAGGAGAAAUUAAGGUAACAGUUUUCGUUCAACCCACUAGAUACACCCUCAGGCUGAUUGUUGUCAAAUUUCAAGGCUCUCAUCAAGGCUCACAACGAAGAACUCAAGGCUCAACAAGAAGAAAUCAAGGCUCACAUCAAGGCUCACAACGAAGAACUCAAGGCUCACAACGAAAAACACAUGGCUCAAAAAGACGAACUCAUGGCUCACAAUAA